AUGGCUCCGCCUCUGAAUCUGCUGAUCCGCGCCCUCGUGGCCUUCGAGGACAUCCUUAGAAGUCCCGGCUUCCACCGCGGCGUCGGCCGAAUCCACCGAUACGUUGACGAGAAACGGAAUGGGCCUAUGCCGCAUGAGCCGCUCCGGCAAGGACAGGCAACUGCAAAUCCUGAAGACCGAGGUUUUCUGCAGCAUUUCGUUGAGGAGCUGAAGAACCAGUUCCGGGGAACGACGAAUCCGCCUCCACCGAGACCGCCGAAGCGAUGA